UAUUGUCAAUUUUUAAAUUUAAAUGUACAAUAUUGUACAUUUUUUUUAUUCUUGUUACUCGUCCCCCUUAUUACGUUGCGCUUGCUACAGACCUGAGUAGUUUAUUGGUGAGCCUAACCUUUCAAUUCGUGAAAGAUUAUUUACUUUAUUGUUACUGAUUUCCGUAUAAGUAUUAAUAUCAGUAUAAUUUACAAAGAGAAAUAUUAGUAUUCAAUUGUAUAAAGAUGGCAAAUUGUAAGCUAAAUGAAAUAUUUCUUGGAGAAAUUGCAUCGGUACAGAAUUACGGAGCUUUUAUCAGAAUUCCGGGCUGCUCAGCCCAGGGACUGAUACAUAAAUCACAGGUAAGCUCUGCUCGUGUCGACGAUGUUGCAGAGAUUUUGCAAAAAGGAGAACGAGUAUGGUGUAAAAUUAUUUCGAUCGGAGAUGAUGGUAAAAUAGGAUUGUCAAUGAAAUACGUGAAUCAAGGAAGCGGUACAGAUUUAGAUCCGAAUGGAGUUGAAUUACAGAGAGACACACAAAAGAGAAAAACUAUAGAAAAACAUGAACGUAAAACCAUACAUUUAGAAGCUGUCCUUAAUACUACGUGCACUAAAUGUGGAACUGCUGGUCAUUUAUCUAAAGACUGCUUUAUGUCUCCUGGUGGGAAAAAAUAUGAAUUAAUCCCAGAGAUUGAAGAAGAACAACAACCUAUUGUUCAACCGCAAACUGAUGAUGUAACUAAAAAAGAGAAAAAACACAAAGAGAAAAGAAAGAAAAAAAGGAAAGUUAAAAAACUUAAGCAAAAUACGGAUGAUAGCGAUUCGGAUAGAAAAGAAAUUGUUAAAAAGAAAAAGAAAAAGUAUUCUAAAGAUCAAAAGAGGAAAAAAAAGAAGCAUAGUAAUUCAUUUAGCGAUGAAAGCUCCAACGAAAGUUUGUCUAGUCAUGAUGUAAAAGCUCAUAAACGAAAGCAUUCAGACAAUAGUAUAGACAAACAUUCCAAAAAAUCCAAACAUUCGAAAAGUAAACACUCCACUGAUUGAGAAAUUAUAUGAAUUCGGUAGAAUUUCUAAUAAAGUUUUCUACCGUUUUCAUCAUUUUAUGAACUAUCAAAAUUUUUGUAGUAGUGAAAUCGAUGUCCGUGAAAAAUGUAUUUUGAGUGUAUAAUAUAUUAAUACUACGAUAAUUAAAAUCAUA